AUGACAACAAUGGCCUCGCUCACCCAACAUGACCUCUCAAUUCUUGAGAAAAUCAAAGAUCCCGAAUCUGGACCUUCAGCACCUCUCCUAAUCGACGAUACCCUUCCAAAAGAUCCCAAUAUCACAGAUCAAUCCACAUACCUGAAAGUCAGCCAAAUCGAGCGCUCCAUCAUCUCCUCGAUCCAACAGAUCGAACUUCAGAUAGCCGGUCUGAAACCCGAAUCACCAGACUCUGAAUCGCCAUUAUCACAAUAUUUAGAAUGUGUCAAACGGUUAGACGAUCUCAUAGAAGAGUAUCCCAACUACGCCAGCGCGAGGAACAACCGAGCCCAAGCUCUGAGAAGGAUAUACGGCGACAGCCUCCUCGUCUCAAAUCCCACAUCCCCUUCUCCACAAGAAAAUAUUCUUGUCCCUUCACCCUCACAACCCACACUCCUCUCCGCCUCAACAACCAUCCUCACCGACCUCAGCACAGCCAUCACCCUCCUCACACCACGCACCCCCUUCUCACCACUCUCACCCCAAACCGCCAAAACUCUUUCGCAAGCGUACACCCAGCGCGGCGCCCUGUACCACCUUACAGCAAAAGCACUCGCUGUCAAUGGAGCGGAGCUGAGGAUUGAAGAGGGAAGGAGGGAGAAGGACUGGAAGGCGGUGGAGUGGGAGGAGAAUGCGUCGAGGGAUUUUAUGGUUGGUGGGAGGUUUGGGAAUGAGAUUGCGAAGGCGUUGGCGGUGGCGGCGAAUCCGACGGCCAAGUUGUGUGGGGAGAUGGUGAAGGAGGCGAUGAGGAAGGAGUAUGCUGGGGGGAAGUAG